AUGCCACGGGUCCGGGGUAAGCAUACUGCGCAUCCUGUUCUAAGUCUCGCCCAAUCACUACCCGCCGACAUACUAUGCGAGCUGUUCUCCUUAUUAUCCGUCAACUGGCCGAUCUGGCCUCUUUCCGACUUCCCGGAUGCAAGACUGGGCUGGCUCGUCCUCAGCCACGUCUGUCGUCACUGGCGUGAGGUCGCUAUCGCUUGGAGUCCUAGCUACUGGGCCGCCAUAGCCACGGACUUUGCGUAUACCGGCUCAGGCGGAAAAGACUCGCCGGAAGUGCUUGUAUCUCGAGCGCGAGAUCAACCCCUCACCCUGAAUAUGAUAUCGUCCAACCUACGGCCCAAGUCGAAGAGGCUACAAAAGCGGUACUCCCAUCUAUCCCGACUUGCUUCGGAACGCCUGUCGGAGGAUCGGGUGCUCCACCUACAUGACCAACUCUUCGCGGACGUUUGGUGGUUGAGGGACCUGCCUGGCGCACGGCGCCCACAGUUGAAGACACUGCGUCUCGAACAUCGGCCAAUAUCGCAUAGCCACAUGCAUUCGUUUAUGGUGCUUCUACGUGUGAUUGCCAAGCUCCCGCCGCUAGACGCGCCCAACCUACACAAGCUCGAAAUCAGCGGCUUUCACCUUCCGAUACUCGCCCCUUCUUUGCAGUCUUUGAAGCUAGACUAUGCUCCUCCCUUGUGCGGAAAGACAAUCCCCUUGAGCGCCGUCCUCGACAUCCUGCGACAAACGCCCCAGCUGCGAAACUUGGAACUCGCCACGUCCAUAUUUAUGUCCGAAGCCGACGUAGAUGAUGGCGUGGGCGUCAUACCAUUACCGCACCUGCAGUCAAUCAGCCUUUCGGGAGGCUCUAUCAUCGUCGCCAGACUAUGGCGUAUUCUUGGUGAACCCGUAGAUGCCAUGCUAUCCACGCAGGUCACGACGUGGGAACCGGACUCGGACUCUUCUUCGUCGUCUUCAAGUUCUUCCUCUUCGACGUCCGACCCCAACUCAGAUGAUACCGACGUUUCCACCGUAUCGACCCUCUCUUCUUUCUCUCUCACAUCCCUCCACUUCACGGACUUCUCACUCAUAUCACCAUUCAUCGCAGCUUUGGCAACAAAGCUUCGGCAUCCUGGACACGAACGCCUAACCAUUUUCGGGCUACCCCACGACGGACGUUAUACGCAAUACAACCCUGUUAUGUCAAUGAGGGCUGACGGAGGCACGAGACUCUUGUUCUCCGACGAGAGGAACCGGUUCUCUAUGUCACGCCUAGACGUCAAUCCAAAUACGGCGGAAAGCGAACAAUCCACAAGCAUCACCGUAGCGCAUAAUCCGUGGGAAAGCAUCGCUGUGGUUCAUACAUCGGUUGGAUACCUGAACGAGGCCGACAUGCCCAUCAGAGCGCUCGACAUGAGCUACGCCUCUGUGACCCUCCUCGUUGGCAUGCCGGCACUCCAGAACGUACGGACUCUUUGCGCCGACAUCUCAGAUGUAGCGGGUCAGGAAAAUGACUGCUUCGAGACCUGGCGGCUACCUUCCCUGGACACUAUCGAGAUCACAUGCCGAGGCGGAUAUAUCAUCACGCAUCGCUCAGACUGUGAGUACUGGUGGUACAUGGUCGCGAGGCUUCUCGAAGUACGGGCUAGGCGCAAUGCACGGGUCCAGAAGCUCGUCAUACUCAACGACGACCAGACCGACUGGGCCCAUUUCAGGAAGGUGGCCGGUCGAGCCGACGCAGAAGGGUUGAGCGCAGUGAAGCAAUGGGUCGAUGAAGUUGAUGACCGAAGAGUAAAGCCCAAACGGCGUGAGAAAUGA